GGCGCGGGGCCUGCGGGCGGCUCGGGGGCCGCGAUGGGCGCGGCGGGCCCCCGGCGGCGGCGGCGCUGCCCGGGCCGGGCCUGGAGGCUCUAGGACGGGCUGGCCUCCGCGGGCGGGGGCGGCGAGCUGAGCGCGCGCGGAGCCGGCGGGCGGAGAGCGGCGCGGACAUGGCCGCGCGGGGCCGGCGCGCCUGGCUCAGCGUGCUGCUCGGGCUGGUGCUGGGCUUCGUGCUGGCCUCGCGCCUCGUCCUGCCCCGCGCCUCCGAGCUGAAGCGAGCGGGCCCGCGGCGCCGCGCCAGCCCCGAGGGCUGCCGGGCCGGGCAGGCGGCGGCGGCGGGUUCGCAGGUCGGCGGAGCGCGGAGCGAUGCGCGCGGGGCGCAGUCUUGGCCCCACGGCCCGGCUCCCGAGGGCGGCCCGCGCGACAGGAACUUUCUCUUCGUGGGAGUCAUGACCGCCCAGAAAUACCUGCAGACCCGCGCCGUGGCCGUGUACAGGACGUGGUCCAAGACGAUCCCCGGGCGGGUGGAGUUCUUCUCGAGCGAGGGCUCCGACACGUCCAUCCCCAUCCCCAUCGUGCCGCUGCGGGGCGUGGACGACUCCUACCCGCCCCAGAAGAAGUCCUUCAUGAUGCUCAAGUACAUGCACGACCACUACCUGGACCAGUACGAGUGGUUCAUGCGGGCGGACGACGACGUGUACAUCAAGGGGGACCGGCUGGAGAGCUUCCUGCGCAGCCUCAACAGCAGCGAGCCCCUGUUCCUGGGCCAGACGGGCCUGGGCACCACGGAGGAGAUGGGCAAGCUGGCCCUGGAGCCUGGGGAGAACUUCUGCAUGGGGGGGCCCGGCGUGAUCAUGAGCCGCGAGGUGCUGCGCCGGAUGGUCCCCCACAUCGGGAAGUGCCUGCGGGAGAUGUACACGACCCACGAGGACGUGGAGGUGGGCCGCUGCGUGCGGAGGUUCGCGGGGGUGCAGUGCGUCUGGUCGUACGAGAUGCAGCAGCUGUUCUAUGAGAACUACGAGCAGAACAAGAAGGGCUACAUCCGGGACCUGCACAACAGCAAGAUCCACCGCGCCAUCACGCUGCACCCCAACAAGAGCCCGCCCUACCAGUACCGGCUGCACAGCUACGUGCUGAGCGGCCAGAUCGCCGCCCUGCGCCACCGCACCCUGCAGCUGCACCGGGAGAUCCUGCUCAUGGGCCGCUACGGCGGCGGCGGCGGCGGCGGCGAGACGCACAAGGACGACCUGCAGCUGGGCGCGCCCCCGUCCUUCACCCGCUUCCAGCCCCGCCGGCGCGAGGAGAUCCUGGAGUGGGAGUUCCUGACGGGCCGGCACCUGUACUCGGCCGCCGACGGCCAGCCCCCCCGGCGGGGGAUGGACUCGGCGCAGCGGGAGGCCCUGGACGACAUCGUCAUGCAGGUCAUGGAGAUGAUCAACGCCAACGCCAAGGCCCGGGGCCGCGUCAUCGACUUCAAGGAGAUCCAGUACGGCUACCGGCGCGUCAACCCCAUGUACGGGGCCGAGUACAUCCUGGACCUGCUGCUGCUGUACAAGCGGCACAAGGGCAAGAAGGUGACGGUGCCCGUGCGCCGGCACGCCUACCUGCAGCAGACCUUCACCAAGAUCCAGUUCGCCGAGCACGAGGAGCUGGACGCCCGGGAGCUGGCCGAGCAGAUCAACCGGGAGUCGGGCUCGCUGUCCUUCCUGUCCAACUCGCUCAAGCGGCUGGUGCCGUUCGGGCUGCCCGGCGCGGGGAGCGAGCGCAAGGAGCCCAAAGAGACCAAGAUCAACGUCCUGAUCCCGCUGUCGGGCCGCUUCGACAUGUUCGCCCGGUUCAUGGGCCACUUCGAGAAGACGUGCCUGGCGCCCAACCAGAACGUCAAGCUGGUGGUGCUGCUCUUCAACUCGGACUCGAACCCAGACAAGGCCAAGCAGGUGGAGCUGAUGCGGGACUACCGGCUCAAGUACCCCAAGGCCGACAUGCAGAUCCUGCCCGUGGCCGGGGAGUUCUCUCGGGCCCUGGCCCUGGAGGUGGGGUCGGCGCAGUUCCGCAACGAGUCGCUGCUCUUCUUCUGCGACGUGGACCUGGUGUUCACGGCCGAGUUCCUGCAGCGGUGCCGGGCCAACACGGUGCUGGGCCAGCAGAUCUACUUCCCCAUCAUCUUCAGCCAGUACGACCCCCGGAUCGUCUACGGCGGCAAGGCCCCCAGCGACAACCACUUCGCCUUCACGCGGAAGACGGGCUUCUGGAGGAACUACGGGUUCGGCAUCACCUGCAUCUACAAGGGGGACCUGGUCCGGGUGGGCGGCUUCGACGUCUCCAUCCAGGGCUGGGGGCUGGAGGACGUGGACCUCUUCAACAAGGUGGUACAGGCCGGCCUCAAGACGUUCCGCAGCCAGGAGGUCGGGGUGGUCCACGUGCACCACCCCGUCUUCUGCGACCCCAACCUGGACCCCAAGCAGUACAAGAUGUGCCUGGGGUCCAAGGCGUCCACCUACGGGUCCACGCAGCAGCUGGCCGAGAUGUGGCUGGAGAAGAACGAGCCGGGGUAUAGCAAGGCCGGCAGUACCAACGGCUCGGCCAGGACAGCCUGACGUCCAGCCCCCGCGCUGGGCCAAGACCUUUUUAAUUCUCUAAUUUAUUUUUCUGGAAAUUGUUUGUUUCUAUUUUUUUUUUUUUUUUUUUUGGUACCAACCCCGUUUUGCAAGUCGAUUGCACCAGGAUCUGUUUUACACGUGACCUUUCUUAUACCGAGGACUCCUAUUUGAAGAUUGAGCUUUUUUUUCUUUUUUUUUUUCUUCUGGGAACAAAAAUGUGAUGUUUCUGCCUUCGGACACACGUUUCUCCUCGCCGGACACGCUGUAGCAGAACCCCGCUGUUCUCCGUGACUUGAAAUGUACCUGAUGAAUGAAUGAGACGUUUUUUUGGUCGUCCUUCCGUUUCUUCCCCCGGCCCCUGCGCUCCCAAGUAUUACGGGAACGAAACACUGUACCUCUGCUCACUGUUCUGUUGUAACUGGUCCCCGUCGCACAGUCUCUACCUGUUGCCUCUGCCGCGCGGCCGGCAAUGUUUGGAAAGCCACGUUGGGUUCCGAUGGUAGAAGAAGGGAGUGGAUCAUCGUCCGUAUCGUCACCCCCCGGAAGGGCCAUCUCACGUGCCCUCCUGCUCCCUGCGGUCACGUGGGGCUUUUAGGCAAAAGGGGGCGAGGGAGACACCCUAAGAGAAUAGGGCUGUUCUUGCCAUGCGUGUGGGCUCAGUGGAUCUGGCGUUAAAAUCCAAGGUGGAUCUGGUAUUUCCUCUCUCCUCAAAGGAUAAGAUAUCAAUUAUUAUUUUCUUUUAAUCCUUACCUGAGGAUGUUUUCCCAUUGAUUUUUAUUUUAUUUUUGUAGGGAGAGUGGAAGAGAGAGAGAGAAAGACAAGAGAGAAACGUCGAUGUGAGAGAGAC